AUGUCUCACUACCAGCGGCGGUCCCAGAAGCGGUUCUGGCUUGGAUCGAGAGUCUGUAGCCUGCUUCUGUCGACUGUGCUCUUAUUAGGCACGGCCUUGGCUUCAGGCUAUCCACCCCUACAGGCCCCCAUUAUUCCGCCUCAAAUACCCUUGAACGAGCUCGAGCCUGCGACAGAAUCCGUUGAUUUUUCCCUCCGCCAUAUAUUCCACCGGGGCACCUAUGGACAUCCAGACCUUCACGCAAGACUAGACGUCAAACCGGAGACUCAACUUAGGGUUGUUUCAGAGGAUGGCACCGAGAACCAAGCUGUUACAUCAUACCCACGCUUGAAAGCUUCAUCAAGCCCGAUUACGAUCCAACGCCUGGCAGAUCGGCGACAAUCAGUUAUCGAGGGUCACCUGGCAGCUGCGCGGUCUUCUGGCGUAGCCACGGCUUUGUCACCGUCGGACUGGGUCAUGGACACCCUACCAGGACCGAAUAUAACCGAUAGAACAACCGUUUUGACUUUUGCACGGAUGACUGCAAAUGAUUAUAUCGAGGAACCCGGCACCGGGAAAUGGCACACCAUCCACGGCAAGUUUAAUUACUCUACGAGUUUUGGGUGGCAGAGUGAUGGACUGAGGGGUCAUAUUUACUCCGAUAAAUUGAACAAGACUGUCGUCAUUUCGUUGAAGGGCACUUCCCCCGCCCUCUUUGAUGGUGCCGGCACUACCACGAACGAUAAAGUUAACGACAAUCUGUUUUUCAGUUGCUGCUGCGGCCAAGGAGGAUCAUACCUAUGGAGGCAGUCUUGCGAUUGUCAAAAUGCGACGUACACCGCAAAUCUAACCUGCAUUGUCGAAGCCAUGAACGACGAAAACAAGUAUUAUAGAGCCGCGCUCGACCUCUACUCCAACGUGACCGACAUAUACCCCGAGGCGAAUGUUUGGUUGACAGGCCAUUCAUUGGGCGGUGCGAUGACGAGCUUGCUUGGCUUGACCUACGGGCUACCGGUGGUCACUUUCGAAGCUGUUCCGGAGGCCCUGCCAGCCGCUCGACUGGGCCUUCCCAGCCCACCAGGCUAUGACGCACGAUUUCCGCAGGCGCGCCAACAUACCGGAUCCUACCACUUCGGACAUACAGCAGAUCCGGUGUACAUGGGGACCUGCAAUGGGAUUAACUCGAUUUGUACAUGGGGUGGAUAUGCGUUGGAGUCGGCUUGUCACACUGGCCAGAUGUGCGCAUAUGAUACUGUUGGAGAUAAAGGCUGGCGCGUGGGUCUUGGAACCCAUAAGAUUGAGAACGUGAUUUCCGACGUUCUUGAGGUGUACGAUGAGGUCCCGUCAUGUGCUGCGGAGGAAGAAUGCCUUGACUGCGAGCUCUGGAAGUUUUUCCGCAGCAAUGGCUCCGAGAGGAUCACCACCACCACCACUACCACGACAACUUCAUCUUAUACCAGGACGUCGACAUGCCAAACCCCCGGUUGGUGGGGGUGUCUUGAUGAAUCUACUACGGCAACCACGACGACCACGACCACAUCGUCAACCACCACAACUACAACCUCAACAUGCAAGACACCUGGCUGGUUCGGCUGCAAAGACCCCACCACAACCACCACAGCAACACCCGCCCCUACCGCGACAAAUACUGAGCCCACGGUGACUUCCACGACAACCUGCCACGACCCAGGCUGGUUCGGGUGUCGGGAUCCCACUAGUACCACCGCAAACACAGAUGUUCCUAGUUCGACGCCGGUUGAAACAUCUUCAACCUGCGAAACACCCGGGUUUUUCUGGGGUUGUCAAGACGAGCCGACCAGCACCCCGGCCAUCACGUCCCCACCCACAUCUCUCCCAACCACCACAUCCUCUUCCGAGUCAAGUUGCACCCGGCACGUCUUCUUUGGCUUGAUCUGCCUCGUCCCGUAA